CGGCAGACGCUCAAUGCUUAAGUCUUAAAUGCACCAAUUGCGUCGCAAUAACAAAUCGGCUGGUUUUACCUGCACUUUUUGCACUCCAGCUGAUAAACAUGCAUAAAAUAUAAUUAAAAGCGAGUUUAUUAUCUGCGUUUGAGGCGCUAUCAACACUAUUACAUUCGUUCUGCCCUUGGUUUUGUGAGUGGAAAAAAUGAAAUGACUUGACAGUGCUGAUAACGCGCUGCCCGAACGCAGUCGACGUCAGAACAUUAUUUUGGUUAUGAUCUACUUGAUGCUUGCAAAAAUACCUUGAUGCAUUUCUGUACUUUUAUAAACAUCGUGGGAAUGGCGGCAAUCGCAAGAGUCUCGCAAGCAAACGUCGUGCAAUCCACGAGAAAACAUACUGCAACUAUAUUUUUCUUCCAUGGUUCUGGUGGUACAGCAGAGGAUUUAAAAGAAUGGGUUAAUAUUCUCAAUAGGGAGGAACUGCAGUUCCCGCACAUAAAGAUAAUUUAUCCUACCGCACCUUGUCAGCCUUACACACCUAAUAACGGAAUGAUGCAAAAUAUAUGGUAUGAUCGUACAGCAAUAUCCAAUCAAGUGCCAGAACUUGUAGAAUCGAUCAAUUCCAUGUGUCAAAAUGUAUCAGAAUUGAUUGACAAAGAAGUAGCUGACGGAAUUCCAUUUAAUCGAAUAGUUUUGGGUGGAUUUUCGAUGGGUGGUGGUCUCGCAUUGCAUUUAGCAUAUAGAUACCAAACAGCUGUAGCUGGCUGUUUUGCUAUGUCUUCUUUCCUGAACAAGGGAUCCAUAGUCUAUGAGCAUUUGAAAAAGAAUCCGGAUCAUAAUAAAGUACCACUUGCUCAAUAUCACGGCACAGCAGAUGGUUUGAUUCCUAUUGAAUGGGGCGAGGAGACCGCUGAGACUCUGAAGGAUCUUGGAGUGAACGUGAAGUUUACGUCACUGCAAAAUGUCGAUCACGAAUUGAGCCGUGAGGAGAUUCAAAGUUGGAAAGAUUGGGUCCUUGAUAUUUUACCGGAUAAAUAAUACAUAAAUUGUUGAAUAAAAAUAUUAGAAUUAUUGUUGGCCUACUUAGUCUACUACAAUCAAGGCCGUAAAACAGCGUGCAUGACGUUUUUGUUUUUAAAAAUUUGUUAUAUCUAUAUGGUAGGUGUUACGUAAUAGCAGCAAUAAAUCGAGUUUUAUUACAAUGCAACGCAAGCGAUGUCAAUUGCUGAGGGAGUGAUAAAUUUAAGAAAGACCCUGACUCCUAUGACAAGAUGAAUCGUGCCAUUAUGUCAGCAUUAGAUGAUUACAUGGCACGUGCAUGCCAUGAAUAAUGUUAAUUCGCAUGAUCGAUGAAUUGGCCCCGACCUUCUAAAUAUUUAAAUCUUUCCGCAUCUCAUUAAUUCAUUUUAUUCCCUAUGUGAAUUUUAUUUUUUUCUAUAUUGCAGGUAGUACAUUAUUUUAGGAAAAUUGCUUCAAAUACACAAACACUAUACUAUUUUGUGAUGAAUUAAAAAAAUGAUGUUAAUAUUUAUAUAUAUAUUUAAAAUGAUGUUUAUAUAAUGCGCCAAGUUUGCAGAUUUUAAUCGAUUAGAUUGAAGAGUUGAAAAGAUCUAUCGACAGCUUUAUAAAAGAUUUAGUUCUUAAUAAAAAUGCUGAAGCUCA